UUGAUUCUGAAUCUAAAAACGAUCCCAUAUACAGAUCAGGACGCUAAUAUUUGGGUUCCGUGUUUUCAGCCGUUCAGUAGGAGGAGGUUUGAGUAUAAAACACGAUGUCUGAGUUAUCUGGAGUGUCUGCGUUGUGUGAGAAUCCGAACGAGGUGUUUCUGGAUGUGUCGAAGCUGCUGUUGACUUAUGCGGAUAAUAUUCUCAGGAACCCUAAUGAAGAGAAGUACAGGUCCAUCCGUAUAGGAAACCCAACCUUCUCCACUAAACUACUUCCUAUAAAAGGGGCAGUCGAGUGUCUGUUUGAAAUGGGCUUUGAGGAGGCUGAGACCCACUUGGUGUUCCCGAGGUCGGCGUCUGUAGAUCAGCUGAGACGAGUGCGAGAGACGAUAGCUGCUGAGAGAGACCAGAGGUUAGGAGUGGAUGAGAGUGCAUCAUGCUCCAGCACUCCAACCUCCACUUCCUCUCCUGCUCCAACUCCUACAGUGGCAUUAGAACCUCAGCGCCCCAUAGAACGGCCUCCGUCUCUGUUAGGUAGCAAGUCCUUUCUUGGUACACUGCAAGCGAAUUUUCAGCAUGUGAUGGUGUACGAGAAUCCUGAACUUCAGCAGAAAGCUUUGUGCUGCGUUCCUCAUGAGGAGCUCUCCUCCAGAGCUAAAGAGCGACUGCACAAGGCCAGAGACGCAGACCCGGAGUGUAAUCUUGCUGAGGAGGACAUGCUGGUGCUGGAGCUCUUACAGUGGUUUAAGCAGGAUUUCUUCACCUGGGUGGACAGACUGCCGUGCAGACAGUGCGGGGGAAGCACACAUACCUCUGGUUCUCUCCCACCAUCGACAGAUGACCAACGUUGGGAUGCUGGUCGUGUAGAGAACCAUUACUGCAGCGCAUGCAACCUUGCCACCAGAUUCCCAAGGUAUAAUAACCCUGAGAAACUGCUGGAGACCAGGAGGGGGCGCUGUGGUGAAUGGGCUAACUGCUUCACUCUGUGCUGCAGAGCUUUAGGGCUGGAGGCCAGGUACAUCUGGGACUCAACAGAUCACGUGUGGACGGAGGUGUUCUCUCGGUCGCAGCAGCGCUGGCUGCACUGUGAUCCUUGUGAAAAUACAUGCGACAAACCGCUGCUCUACGAAAUGGGCUGGGGCAAGAAGCUUUCCUACAUCUUUGCUUUCUCUAAAGAUCAGGUGGUCGAUGUAACGUGGCGCUACUCCUGUAAGCAUCAGGAGGUUCUUACCCGACGUAAGCAGGUUCAGGAAACAUGGCUGCUGCACACGAUUAAUGGGUUUAAUGCUGAGAGGCAGCAGUCCCUGAGCACUGACAGAAAGCGAGAGCUGCUAGAGAGGCUCUUGGUAGAGCUGGUGGAGUUUAUUUCUCCUAAGAGCCCAAAGCCAGGAGAGAUGGGAGGCCGUAUUUCAGGCUCUCUGGCCUGGAGAGCUGCUCGUGGAGAGACUGGUACUGUUGCUUCUGCUUCCAGAGGGGAAACCACAGAGUUUGUGUUUAUCCCCACUGAGUCAGAGAAGAAGGCAAAGACCUUCCAGCUACAAUAUAACGUGGCCAAAGACUGUUACUGUAGAGUUCACAACAACCAAGAGAAGAUCCUGGGCUGGAAAAAUGGAGUGUGGAAGAAUGAGUCUGUGUUCAGGAAAGAAGAACAUGACUGGGAGAUGGUGUACCUCGCUCGAACAGAGGGCGCUUCCUCAGGCAGCCUGUGUUGGAGGAUUGUGUGUGCUCCUGUGGGAAUGACCAUUAAAUCUGUCUCAGUCAGAGCUGUCAGUCAAACCUUCAACUCCGGUGCUGUCCGCUGGAGAUUACGCUCCUCGGAUUCCAGCAUCGAGUUUCCUGGAGAUGGUGAAAUGCACUCACCGACAGGCCUCACAGGGUCUGCAGAAGUGGUCGUAGAAGCAGAGCUGAGCGGAGGGGACGGAGAGGCGGCGUGGCAACACGCCCAGCUGUUCAGACAGAGUUUGAAGGACACAGAAACAUCUUCGUUUGAGAUUCUUGUGCAAAUGGAGGGAGCUUGAUAGUAGUAGCCUUUGUACCAUUUCUGUGGUUUAACAAGCAAAAAAAUUCCAUAUAUGUUUUGGGAAGUCUGAGUUCAUGUGAGUAAAGACUCAAAGCACAGUCUCACUUUUCUAACGAUGUUCUUUUCAUUAGAACAGUCUUCGUCGAAUAUAACGUCUAUAAGGGAAGUUGUGAGUCUUGUGUAAUUUUAAA